AUGAGACACAAUGCCGCUCAUGCCCUCGCCCGCGUCGUCCAAGCCUCCGUCAGCAGGGAGGUCGCGUCGGGGACGUUGCGCAUCGCGCCCCUCGCGCCUCGUCGACUGAAGCGAUCGAUGAGCUCGAUCACGGAGGACGACCAGCAGCGCCUGCUCGAGCACUACGCCUUGGGUCUGCGGGGGAUACUCGCGGAGCACGACGACCUGACGGACCCGGCCCUGACUGCGAAGAUGCGCGCGCUCAGGGACGACGCGCCCGUGCGCCUGGAGCAUCGGUUCUGGGGCGCGCAGUUCCUGGCCAUGGCGUUCGGCCACGAGCUGGGCUUCGCCGCCGCGCACCCGCCCGCUCUGCGCGCCGUCUUCAACCUCGGCGUCGUCGCCGCCGAGAACGGGCUGGUGCCCUUUCAAGCGAUGCGCUCGGCGCAUGGACAGCUCGCCAGGCUCGGCGUGCUCCGCUGCGACAGGGUCGAUCCCGGAGCUGAUGGGGGCGACGGUUGGAGCCUCGCGACCCCGAGGGCGGCGACGCCGUGGGAGCUGUUCGCGUCUGACCGGCUCCGCGUCGCCGCGAGGGAGGCGGCGGCGGGGCUCGUGGCGCGCGGUUCGGCGGUCGUGGACGGCGCCCUGGGUCCGCGUCUCGCGGAGGCGGCGUCGGCGGCGCUGACCAGACACGUCGCGUCCGAGCGGCACCUGUUCUCGGCGGGGCAGCUCGACCAGACGGGUCGAAGCGACUCAUCCACCCGGGGGGAUAUCAUAUCGUGGAUCUCCGGCGACGAGGGCGCGGACGAGGCGCUUCGUUUGGGCGCGGGGAUAUGGGGCGGGCACGUGCCGGGUUCGUCGGAGGGUCUGCUGGGCAGGUGUCCACCCGCGGUUGUGUCGCCCGGCGCCGUCGCGCAGAUGUUCCGGUCGUGUCUCUCCGAUCACGUCAUCUCGGCGAUGCCCGCCGGCGUCCUCAUGUCAUCGGAUAACUACGUCACGAACGCGAUGAUGUCGGUGUACGCUCCCGGGGCGCCGGGUUUCGUGCCCCACACCGACCACUGCGGCGGGCACGACUUGAGAAGGGUCACCGCCGUGUAUUACCCCGCGUCCAACGGGGACUGGGACGUCGAUCGAGACGGCGGGGCGCUGGUGCUGCGGCCCGGGGAGGACGGCGCGGGCGGACGGAGGGAGACGAUCGCGCCCGAGGGCGACAGGCUCGUGGUGUUUUACAGCGACGAGGUGGAACACGAGGUGGUGGGCGUCAGCGAGGGCGCGUCGAGGGAGCGGCUCGCGCUGUCGUUUUGGUACCUCAAGCCGCCGCCGGGAAGGUUCGACCCGAGCCUGAUGUCGCGCUCGUAG